AUGGCAAACCAGAUUAAGAGCAUACCCAAUGCCCCCACCACCCGCCCGUUCAUCUGCCCCCCAACAAACAACCAGUCGUGCGACCAUGCUUUUGCACAAUUUGCAGUGGCAUCAGCACCACCCGAUGGCAUAUGGGUCAUUUAUUGGAUGCCAAUCAUGGAGGAAAUUUUUUCCAACGCUCACAAAGCAGCUGUGGAACGUGUGACAAAACGCUUGAUGUCCCCUGGUGUCUACAUCCCGCCCAUCACAAUCAACCCACUAGUGGAUGGAUUGCUGAGAGACUACUUACGAGUUCAUUUGGCUGAACAUCACAUUAGGGAACCGAUGAUCACAGAAGAGAUGGCAAGGUUCAUGGGCAUGCCCGUUGGAGAGUUUCUGGACGAUGAUGAUGACGACCACGAGCGUGUUGUGUCCAUUUCUCAAAAUUGCCUUCUCGUAGAUUUCACUGUACCUACUUGGAACUUCCUGUUAGGAGUAGUGUUUGCCUGCAAUGGUGAGACUGCCAUCUGUGGUUCUGGAUCCGGAGAGGUUAUAAUCUUGGAAAUGUUUACUGCUGAGCCCCUUCAAUCCUUGACUCAUGGAGAUUAUCUGGUCCAAAUCGUAGCUACAUGCCAUUGA